UUUUACAAGUAGAUAAUAUAAAUGCAAAUAACCGUACACCUUACUUUGUUUAAUCCAAUCAAAAUUAUGUGAUUUCGAGCUGUGCCAACUUCGGUAUUUUUUCCCUGUAUGGCUUCCAACUGUGAUACUCCGCAGGAUCAUGAUCCCAGCAGACUAAUUAUAAAAGUAUGGGAAUUUUUUGCAAGUGCUGCAAGCGGUUUAUGCCAAUUAUAUAAAGGCAAAAUUGAUCACUGUGCUGAUUUUCAAAAUUUACUGGAUACGCUGUCUUCGAUUGAAAGGUUCUAUAGAGGAUCUGAGAAUUCUGUAGAAGCUGCACUAAGCUAUGGAAAAAUUGUCGGUUCUCAAUAUCUACGCCUUCAUUUGAGAGAUUUAGCUUAUGAGAAUAUUCAAACUACUACAGGGGACAAUGGGGUUGAAGUUUAUGUGCCUUUGGAAUCAUUAUUGCUUGGGAGCACUAAAACACUUGGUCGUUCCAGGAAACUCCAAAGAAAGCGUCCACGCCAUUGUGUUUAUUGUCCUCGUUUAUCUAAGAGAAUUGCUUUGGACUAUUGCGGUCACAAGCGUUGUCGUAAUAGAUGCUCUAAAAACAAACGAGCAUUCUUUCCUGUUAUGAACACCGUCUUAGAUGAUUCAAAUUUGUAUGGCGUCAUUGAUGGUCUCAAUGGAGAUGGAUCUAUCAGACACAACGAUGAAGUAGUAAAGUCGAUAGUGCCUAGUUCGUUAUCGGCAUCAAAAGGUAUACAACAUUACAUUUCGUGGUUAUUAGCAAUAUUACCACUUCUGUUUGCUCUGUUAUCACCGUUAUAAUUUUUCUCUUUUACGUCUAAAACUUGACAUUUCUUACUUUUAUGUUGUAAAACGUUAACUGUCUACUCAUUCUAACUACUUCCAAGGAUUCGUUUGUGCUCAUAUUUAAUAUUGUUAGAUAUAUUGAUUUGAUCACAGCAGUCUCGGACUCAUUUGCUUUAUCAUAUGGUUUAGAGAAAAAUAACAGCCAUAAGAAAAAUUGUUAGGAGCUCUAUAACUGAAAGUAGGAGAAAUGGAUGUGCUUAGGGUUCUCAUAUCCCAGGUGCAAGCUUUAAACUAGAUGGUCAUGUAUACUAUAUACUUAUACUUGUUGAAAAGUGGAGGCUUGGAUGUUUUCGUUAUCUGUACCAGUACAGAAUAAUAAUUAGCCAAAAUAAAACUCACGGUAAUGUUCUAAGAAACCUUUUAGAUACGUCGGUCAUGACAAUCUAUCUAACUUCCAUUCUGUAAAUACUAAUGGCAAACUAGAAGCCAUAAACUGUAUGUAAUUUUCCACAUCCAUCUUCACUUUCACCACUAUCACGUGGUUUUACAGGGAGCUUUCGUUUAUGUGUUCCUUUCUUGGUGCCCUAUUAGUUUCAACCGUUGAAACGAAAUGUUUUCCCACCUAUUAUUAGUGAAGUUGACUGGGAUGCUGUUUACUCUAUCAAUUUGUCAGUAAAAAGCAAGAAAACAUGGAUAUAUUACAGGUAUUUGGCCAUAAGUACUUGUUAUAUGGCGUUGCUUUUUAUUAAAGCUAUUGUGUAAAGUGUUUUGCCAUCAAUUGUAAAACUAGUCAACGGUUUUUAUUCAGUCUAUAAAUAUAUGGUCAUUCAUCAACGCUGGUAGUUAUAGCAUUUUUCCAGGCACGUAUUUUCUGACUAUGCUUGAUAAGUCUAUGUGAUACACUUUUUAGUAUCCUAUUAUCCGUUGUAAAUAAAUUAAGUGUAGCCUGAUUAAGGUAUGAUAUCAAUUUAUUAGGUGUGAACCAUAUAGGCUUUCUAGCCGGUAUUCAUGAGACAGUUCUAACUAAUAAUUGGAGAAGAGAUUUUAUAAAUCCCACAAAAGUGAAGAUAUAUUUAUUAUUUAAACAUCCUUCUGGUCUAUACGCUUCUUAUGUUUUCAAACCUCUACUUCUGUCAGUACCACUAUUUUUACUCUGUUGGUAUAAUAAGUAGUCUAUCAGUUUAAUUUCAUCUUUUCGUCCUAAUCUACGCUUUAUUAACUAAAAGAAUUCAAAAACAAUUGCUCAAGAAACUGAUUUCUCUGGGUGUUUUACCAGUUGCUCUAUGUUACUUUUCAGAUUUAAUAAUUAGCUGUUAGUGUCCUAGAUUUAAGUAAGAUCUAAUGAUCUUUUAUUUAUUGAGUAUACUAAUGAAACCAUAAGCCCUUUUUAGCUAAUAAGAUCGUUACAAUGACCUUUUUAUAUUGUUUUUAAUUAAAUUCUACAGUAUUAUGCGAAUAAAACAUGUAUUUCAAACUUACCCAUUACCAAGUACUUUUCAAUAUUUUAAUUUAUGAACUCAUACUAUUUAACGUAGGUUACUGAAAACGUUUUAUUCAUGUAAGUGUUUGUCAAUCCACUUCAUACUGAAGUUAUAUUUUUCGUAGCUCUAAUACAAUAGGUCUAUUUAAAUAAAUGACAUAGUAACAAUGUUUGAAAAACUCCCUUGUAGCAUAAAUUAUUAUGACGCACCAAAAAUUAGUCGUGAUAGUCAGGAGAGUGCGUAACUCACAAAAAUGAUAUUGGUUAAUUGUUCAUAACAUCUAGUCAUAUUUAUCUUUGUGUUAUUAUCUCAUGUAUGAACACGUUAUUUUAGUAGAUUGAGUAAUUCUAUUCUGGUAGUUGGUUGUCUUAUCUUUGAUAUUAAUUCAUUCGGAGAGAGUGAGUCAAUAAUCAGGUUCGUUAACAAUCACUCGGACACAUCGCAUCAUAAUAUAUUACCAAUCGAUUGACACGUUGUAUCCAUUAAUCUAACAAUCCUCAAACGUUUUCAGUUAGAAAUCUUAAAAUUCUAAUCUAUAACAAUUUCAAGCUUAUAAAGUAGAAAAUAAUGGAAAUGUACACGGUAGCGCUGGAUUAAAAUUAUCAUUAUAAAAAAUUUAAAUUAUUCCUUCCACGUCUUAUGAAUGAAUGAUUUAAAAACUACUAUUCUAAUGAGAUGUAACGCUGUACAUAGAAAAGACAAAUUAAUUAACUAUUAAAUAUAGCCGCUUUUAAUCUAAAAUUUAUGGAUUUCAUGUUCAGUACAUCUGUCAGUUAGUUUAUGGUAUUUAAUUGGGGAUCAGUAAAAUCUGUGACUAUCUUUAAACUGUUUCUUUUUUUCAACAUAUUUCUUGUGCAACUUAGUUUGUGUAUUUAUUUAAUAUAUCACUGUCGGAUUCAUUAAGCAAGUUCGUGAGUAACACAUAUUCUCUCAUUUUGUUCGGCUCUAAAUCGUUUAGGCUGUUUAAGAGCUAAUGGUUCGACAGUAGGAUCCACGAGGGUAACACGCAUAUACUUCUUGAACAUAAAUUUAUUAUCCCUGUUUAGAUGGAAUUAUAAAGCACGUUUAUAAUCAUGUUUAAGGGUUUCUGUUGUGCAUGUAAUAGUGUUAUAUGGAAGAUGACGUACUCCAGGUCAUAACAAUCAUCUGUGCAGUCGACAACUUUUAUUUCGGACGGUAUUCUUUACCUUUUUUUCUUGUUUUUCUUAAUUACAUUGACUUAACUCCUUGGCUGAUGGCAGACAUGUCCAAUAAUAUCUUUAAUGAUUAUUCUUGGAUCUAAUUAUUUUUUCAGUAAUUAGGUAGGUAACAUUCAUCUGUUAUUAAAGACCCAUCAAUUGUUUGGUUGUUCUUCAAAUUCGUUUUCGGUUAUUAUAACUGUUUCUUAAUUAGAUAAGUUCCUUUUUAUCCAAACCAACAGCUAUAAAAUUUCGAAUGAUCUACCCACUUUUACCAUGUUCUUGAAUCAGCAUACUAUUCGGAAAGACAUUACCAGGACGCGGGGUUAUUUGCUUAUCAUAUAAAUAGUCGUUUCAUAGAGUAGUGGAAAUUUGUUUACGUUGUCAAAAAACCAACUCGACAGUUUUAAAAAACCUGAAAGUAUUAGUUAUGUUAACCACUGAAGGCAAUUGAGCAUGGUCGCACAAUAUCGUGAAUCGACUGAAUUUUGGCUUGUACGCCACUGAAUACCGAUUUGGUGGUCUAGAGGUUAAGUGUUCGUAUGCAAGACCGAAAGUCUUGGAUUUCAACCCUCGAUUACGGAGUCAUGGAUGCGCACAUCUGAAAGGUUGACGUGAUAACGGCUGUUGUUUUUUUCAUAAAUAUUAACGGUAUUUUCUAAGGCAUGGCCACAGAUAUUAAAUAGAUAGUGGUCGGUUCAAGUAUUAUCAAAAUGUGCCCAAUACCUCCAGGUGCAUCAUAUUUUCUCCCAAUAAUACAAAGAAACAGGAUUUUAGGAAACAUGAUCUCUAAAUGUAACCACGUUCGAAGCUGAAUCUAAACCAAUGAUAACGUAAUCGCUAGGACUUUCUAUUAAGUAAACACUGAACAAACUACUGGCAUUUAUAUCUAUCUUAAAACGAUAAUCGACUGCUUCACUUUUAAAUUUAUUAAUAUUAUUGAACGAUAGGUUUUAAUAGUGUAAAGGGAGAAGUUAUGAAAAAUUUACCAUUGAUGCAGAAGCAGAUAUGAUCAGUAAAUUUAAACCACAUUUUUUUUAACGUUAUUCCUCCUGAGGAGUUCAAUAAUAGGGUGAAACAACUGUUUAGUGCUCCCAAGUUUACAGUAGUUAUCUAACUUAGAUCGGUUCAUGAUAUCAAUGAAACUCAACAAUUUCUACAACCCUAUACUGAUCUUAAAAUAGCUCACUUUAUCCAAAGUAGCUUGUUCUGAUGAAUGUGUUACGAUCACCUUCGAUGCUACAUAUAUUGCUUCAUACCGUAUAGUUUGAACCCAUAAAUUAACUUGAAUAUUUUUCAGUCUCACUUUAAACGUUCUGAAUUUUAAUUUCAAUAAUUACUAAUUUGCUUAUCUUGAACUUUUUUUUAAUCGUAUCUACCAUGUACCUAAAACUGUUACCACCUUACCUACUCUUUUUUGGUAGUUAUUUUUCGGUUGGUAAGAUUGCGCGACGAUAAAAAAUAAUAAGCAAAUUUGUCACGUUCACUCCAUAGGUUGUAUUCAUAAUUAUUUGUGAGUUUUUUAUUACUUCAAUCACUAAUUAUUCAGAACUCAAUGCACGUCAAAAACAGACUGAUUUAUCCAUCACAAACUUCUUGUUUACACAAAAUAAAAAAUUUUAUUGGUCGAGCAGAAACGUAAAACUUACUCAGUUUCCUUUCAUGAAAUAGAUUCUUAGUAAAUGGUCUUUUCACAUCAUAGUAUCCCGAUGAUCGAAUCAAAUAAUUUUAUCCCAUUUUUUGCUUACCUAGCUCAUGGAUUUACUUAAUGGUAACCAAAUUUUUAAGUUUUUAUUCCAUCAUUUGAUGUUCUUAAAUUGUGUAGUCGUAUUCAUAGUUAAUUGUAUAUGCGGAAGUCUAUUAUAAAGUUAAAGAGUGCAGCAUCAUUAAACAAAAUUAUUAAAGAUAAUUAAUUAGAAUUUCAACGAGUGGAAUGUUAUAAAAACAUUUAAAUAAACGAGAAGGAGAAUUUAAUUUGUUGUUAAAAAAAUUUUUUUACUAACUAAAUUGGCAUUGUUUUAGAAUCCAUGAUACUUAAUGCUCAUGGAUACUAUAAAGUAGUGAGAUGCUUUUUUUUAGUUUAACAGUGUUUUUCUCUCAGUAGAUUAGAUUAAUGAGUUUUCUGUAUUUUUAAAUGGUUGUUUAUAUUAUAUGCUUUUUUUAAUUCAACCGUGUUUAUUUACCGAUUUUAUGUUUAUUUUGUGUUAAAACUGAAGAUUUACGUGUCUGUUGUUAGCAAAAGUGUAACAUCUAAUAAUUACAUGUAUGAUUAACUGGAAACUAUUCACAAUAAUGUUUGGAAAGAGAGUUUAUGUUAUUGUUUGAUGCAGUUACCCCAUUACCAUGACUCCAUAAUAACUUGGAAAUUUCACUAUAACAUACGAUAAUCUUAAGAACGCUGCAUCAAAAUCUACACUUUUUUUAUUAAAUUUCUGUUGGUUAUGAAUUUCACUUUUGUAAUAUAAUAAUUUUGACAAAGUUAACGUGCUGUGUUGACUUAGUUCUGCCAAAUCCUCUCGGUAUUACAACUAAAUUAUCUACAAAGCCAGUACAUCAGUAUAAACAUGAUUGUCAAGUCCUAUUGAUCAUGGUUAUUACUUUUACUACUAAAUAAGCUAUCCGGUAAUAUAAAAUAACUCAAUUAAUUUUAAACAAGGUUAUUAUGUGUUACCUUUUCAUUCACAGCUUUCAUACCCCCUAUCAGUUCAUUCGUCAAUCAUUCAAGCAUUUCACAAUUAGUUUGUGAUGGAUUGACCCAGAGAAGAAAGCGUCAUCAUCGCAUACUACCUAGUUAUCAAGUAGCGAAUAACCGUGUCUGUAAUUCUACUGAUUAUCAUGAUGAAUCAAUCAAUCGGGAUCCAUUCAAUGUCUUUCAGGAUGCUGUACAGAUCAUAAAUCUUCUUGAUCCGCUCUCCAAAUUUUCAGUGACCAGUAGCACUGGAAACUCACAAAACUCGUUCAAGCGUCCUCGUAUUGAAAGUUCUACUUCUUCCAAGGAUGACUCGAACAAUAUAUUACUAUGAUAUCAGUCACACUGUACAUUAUGUCGGUUAGAUCUCGUGUUAUUUGAUCAACGUAAAAUGUCUUCAUAGUUUUUUUCCAAAAAUUCCUUCGUACCUCCUCAACUUCAUUGAAUAAUUCGACUUCUAUAUGUUCCUAAAGCUAUUUAUGAUUUUCUCUUCUUCCUAAACUAGCUGACAUACACGCAUUUGUGAAAUAUUAUUGGUAUCUCCCUUUGUAUUUAAGUGGUAUAUUUCAUCAUAUGUUGUAUUUCUCAAAAGUAAUAUAAUUAGAACCCUAAAUUACUACUGUACUUUCUAGUUUAAAAAAAAUUUGAUGUGUCCAUUGAACCUUUUCUGGUUACCAUUUACCCGCCACUCAUCAGUUACUUUAAAAAUAAACGUUAAGCGCAAAUCAA